CUGGCAGGUGGCGGAGAUGGCGGGUCGUGGGUCGGCGUUCGCUGCCGCUGUGGCAGCCGCUGUGGCGCUCGGAGUCGUCGCGUUCGCCGGCGCGCAGAGGCAGCCCCUCCCUUCGUACAUUCACGUCUGCAAGAGGAAUGAUCCUAAUAUCAAUAACUGCGUCAAGAAGUCUGUGGAACAAAUUCGACCCUAUUUAGUAAGAGGCAUUCCUGAGUUCCACGUGCCGUCCAUCGAGCCACUGGAGCUGAAGGAGAUCAUUGCGACGGGCGGUCCCACGCUGCGCAUCACGGCGACCAACGUGCGCGCCUAUGGCUGCAGCGACUUCACCAUCAACCGCAUGAGUGUAGACAUGCGCAGAGACAAGUUCGACUUCGGCAUUGACCUGCCGCACCUGUACAUCGUCGCUCGCUACCAGGUGCACGGGCGGAUAUUGCUCAUCCCUAUUCAUGGCUCUGGACCAAUGAGGGGCAACUUCACUAACUGCAAAGGUGACGUCAGUCUCCAGGGUAAAAGAAUAAUACGACAAGGGAAAGAAUACAUGACAUUCACUAAUAUGGAUGUCCGCUUUCAUGUAGGAAAAGGCAGCAUUCAUUUGGACAACUUGUUUGGUGGCGAGAAACCAUUAGGUGAAGCUGUCAAUAAUGCCAUCAAUGCUAAUUUUGGAGCUUUUGUGAAUGAGUUAAAGCCAUCUAUUGAGCGAGCUCUUUCUAAAGCAAUGUUGGAAAUCUCAAACAGAGUGGUACAUUCAUACCCACAAGAUGUAAUAUUUCCUGAGCAUUGAAUCUCGGAAACUUUUCCUCUAGUCGAGAAGAACAUACAGUUUUAGUGCGUGUUUUCACUGACACUAUAUACUUUUGGUCAAAGCCAAAAACUGACUUUUGUGGUGUGCACUGAACAAGAAAAACUGUGAAGAGAUAAUAUAAGUGUAUAGUUGAGACUUCUAAAAUGUCAGACUUCUGUGAAACAUAAAUAUGAGAAACCAAUACAGGAAACACAUCUAACGUUACAUGUUAUACAGAAUAAAAUCUUUUACUGAGCGGCUGCAAGAAUACAGUAGCGUCAGAAUGAUAAAUAGCAGCUGUAAAGAAGAAAGCAAAAAGUGCUAUUGGUGCUGGUGUAAGUUGUGAGAUACAGCUUAUGAGAACUAUAGAGCAAGAAGACCAAAGUCAUACAUGUCUCCUUGUACAAUAAAAUUUUAUUGUCUCUGAGAUAAUUUAUAGUUCACCAGUUGUUAAACUGAGCUACAGCUGUUGGAUUUAUAAGCAGCUGAUAAUUAUGGCAAAAAGUUUUAAUAUGUAAAUUUAUUAAUUGUAUUAAUAUAAGUAUUGCAAUUUGUAGAAACAGUAAAGUUAACAUUUUUGUAUGAGCAAUGUACUAAACCAGUAAAAAACUUUUUGUCAGCUUUUA